AUGGCUCCCAAACGUCCCAACUUCCUCGUCAUUGUCGCCGAUGACCUGGGCUUCUCCGAUGUGGGCUGCUUUGGUGGUGAAAUCCGUACGCCACACAUCGACAAGAUCGCCGAGGAAGGUCUGCGUUUUACAGACUUCCACGCCGCGGCAGCAUGCUCUCCGACACGUGCCAUGAUAAUGACAGGUACAGACCAUCACAUUGCAGGUCUAGGUAACCUAAUCGAAUGGACCAACAUUUCCGGCCAAAACGGACCCAAGGGUUCCGCCAUGAGCACCGCUCCACAGCGUGGCAUGCCCGGCUACGAAGGAUACCUCAACGAGCGGGUCGUGGCACUCCCGGAGAUACUCCGUGAUGGAGGAUAUCACACAAUUAUGUCGGGCAAAUGGCACUUGGGACUGACCCCGGAGCGUUCGCCCUACAAACGCGGUUUUGAGCGAUCAUUCGCUCAUCUACCAGCCUGCUCAAACCACUAUGCUUACGAGCCUGAAUUGAAAGAGCAGGAUCAGAUUCCUACCUUUAUUGAGGCCAGUUACAUUGCUCUGCAUAUGGAGAAUGGCGAGUAUGUGCGCAAGCUUCCUGAGGGUUGGUACUCUUCCGAUGGAUAUGGUGAUAAGAUGGUGGAUUACCUGAAGGAAUGGAAGGAGAGCGGUGGAAGUGAUGGCCCUGAUGGGAAUGGUGACCGCCCCUUUUUUGGAUACCUCCCCUUCACGGCACCGCACUGGCCUCUCCAGGCCCCGCGCGAGUACAUUGACCACUACCGCGGUGUGUAUGACGAGGGUCCGGAUGUACUUCGACAGAAGCGUCUGCAGCGUCUGAAGGAGCUCGGAAUGGUGCGAGACGAUGUCGAGCCACACCCCGUCCAAGCUGAAGAGGUCAAGCCAUGGGAGGAAUACACGGCAGACGAGAAAAAAAAGUGCAUUGAUUCCAACGUGGGCAAGGUGGUAGAAUACCUCCGCUCUAUCGACGAACUAGACAACACAUUCGUCUGCUUCAUGUCCGACAACGGAGCCGAAGGCGCCGCCUACGAAGCUUACCCAAUGGUCCAAAACGGCGUUAUGCCCCACCUGCAGAAAUACUACGACAACAGCCUCGACAAUCUCGGUAAUGGCAACUCAUUCAUCUGGUAUGGACCACGCUGGGCACAAGCCGCCACAGCCCCAUCACGCCUAUACAAAGCCUAUACGACCGAAGGCGGCGUCCGCGUCCCAUUCACCUGCCGCUUCCCCAAAAACCUCAGCAUAAACCCAGUCGACGUGGCAGUCGGUAAAGGCGGUAUCACCGACCAAUUUGCAACAGUCAUGGAUUUAGCCCCCUCAAUCCUCGACAUGGCCGGCCUCAAACACCCAGCCCCAACCUACCAAGGCCGCGAAGUAGUCGAGAUGCGCGGAAAGAGCUUCCACCCCUGGGCCAUCGGCCAAGCAGAACGUAUCCACCCCAAAGAUUUCAUCCAAGGCUGGGAAACAUGCGGAAGGGCUGCCCUCCGCUGCGGAGAUUGGAAAAUAGUCUUCAUCCCCAAGCCCAAGGGUCCGGAGAAAUGGCAGCUCUACAACCUCGUCAACGACCCUGGCGAGAUCCACGAUCUCUCUGAAUCCAAUCCGGAUAGAUUGAGACAGCUCCUUAAGCUUUGGGAUCAGUAUGUUCUUGAGACGGGCGUUGUCCCGCUUUGUCCCGAUCUUGGUGACUUCUUAGAGGCAACUGAGGCGCAGAUGCCUGAGAAUGCUUGGAUGGAGUUUGAUUAUUGGAAGCAGGGUGCUAGGGAUGAGCCAGAGAAGUUUUCCAGACAGCCGCCUAGGUUCCAGCGGACUGUAAAGCCAUUCUAG